AUGCCCAUUGCACACAGUCUAAAAAAAGUAACAAAGAAUGUAUCCAAGUCUACAGGCUCGAUACAUAUCAAGGGACGUAAGUUUAAACAAUUAAAUCGUGCUGCGGUAAGAGAUAAAAAGCUACAAAGGAAGAAAUUGGAAUCCAUCGAUAAGAAAUCAAAUGAAUUGAUAAUAGUAACGUAUUUCCAGUCUCAAAUACAAACAGAAACACAGUCAUCAUAUACACUUGACGAAAUGAAAGAAUUGAUAACCAGCUUUAUCCAACAGUAUAAGGAGCAAUUGGAAGAACUCGAAAAGGAAAAUAGGAAAGGUCGACCAAUAUCAACAAAACAGAAAAUAUUACAAGAGAAAAUAAAACAUCAAGAGCAUGUGUUUGACACUAGUUACAAUGUACCGGAUUUAAGCGAUGAGGAAACUGUUAAAAGAUUGAGAGCUUGGAAUGGAACAACCGGUGCAACUACUGGUUUCAAAUUUGUUCGUAUCCUGAGAAACAUGAAACAGUUACCUAUAAAUGAAGUAGAAAUGACAUAA